AUGAGAGCAUUAAUCUUAUCUGUGAAGAAGAAGGAUGGUACAAUGAGAUUGUGUAUUGAUUAUAGACAGCUGAAUAAAGUGACUAUUCACAACAAAUAUCCUUUGACUCGUAUUAAUGAUUUAUUUGACCAACUUCGAGAUGCUAUUUGCAUUCAGGGUAUCAUCAACUCAAAAUUAGGGAGCAGUAGUGAUGAACAUGCUGAGAACUUGAAGAUUAUUUUGCAGAUUUUGCGAGAUAAGCAGUUGUAUGCUAAGUUCAGUAAAUAUGAAUUUUGGCUGUAUAAAGUUGUGUUUCUAGGCCAUGUUAUCUCAGUAAAAGACAUUUAUGUAGUUCUUCAUAACAUUGAGGCUGUUAUUGUAGAUCGUUUGACCAAAACUGCCAAGUUUUUGUCAAUCAAAGCCAUUUAUACUUUAAAUAAGUUGGGAAGUUUUAUAUGGACGAGAUAG